AUGAGAUUAUCGAAUAUUAUUCUGCUUUAUGUACUCAAAUCUAAUUGUAUUAAGGUGUUUUCACGUGUAUUUCUGCCUGACAGAAGUCAAAUCUCUCUGAGAAAAGUUAAUCAACAAAUUAACUCAUUUCUUAGUUCAACUGCUUUUAAUACAUGUGAAAAGAGAAAUUCUACGUUGGUCACUUUAAUUUAUGAACCAUAUGCUACACAAGAUCCAUGGCAUUCAGGAAUUCCACCACCACCAGAAUCUGGUCCUUUAGGUUGUCGUACAUGGUCUAGUUUAUUUGUAGAUCAAACUUUACAACCAAUUAUUAUUGAUGUACGUAGUCCUAGUGAAUUCUACAGGGAUCAUAUUUAUGGAGCAAUCAAUAUCCCUGUUUUAAGCGAUGAAGAACGAGCAUUUGUUGGUCGUUUGUACAAUCAAGGUGAUCGUGUUCAUGCUCGACUUCAUGGUGCAUCUAUGGUUUGCGCAAAUAUUAGUCGUUGUUUAAAGCAACUUGCUGAUCAAUACGCUUCACAAUUGAACAAUCUACCUGAUUCUGAUAAUCAGAUUGUUAAGAAAAGAGAAAACACAACUUAUCCUAGCUUUAUCAUUUAUUGUUGGCGUGGUGGUCAGAGAUCUGCUUCUCUAGCGACUAUAUUAUCUGAGACUGGUUGGCCUGGAGAUAUUUAUAGACUUUUUGGUGGUUAUCGGUCAUGGCGUAGACUGUUAGUACGACAGUUAGAUGCAUGGCCUCGUUGGUGUAUGACUAAUCCAUUUUGGGUAAUUUCUGGUUUGACUGGCUCGGGAAAAUCUUUAAUUCUUCAAGAACUUCAUGACUACGGUGAAACUGUAUUAGAUUUAGAAUCUUUAGCUAUGCAUAGAGGUUCAUUGUUUGGAGGUGGUAAUCUAAUUCAUCCGGCUAUCUAUCAAUCGGUAAAUACUAAAAGUGAUAAUGAUUAUAUUCCUGUCAAUUGUAUUACACAAAAAAGCUUUGAAACACGUCUUCAUCAUACAUUAAUGAAAAAUAAAGAUAAAUUUAUAUCAUCUAAAAAUAUUAUAUGGCUUGAAUGUGAAUCACGAAAUAUUGGACCAAUAUGUCAAUUAUCUGAUGGUUUUUGGUCAAGAUUAAGAUCAACUGAACCAAAUGUUGGAACGUAUAGAAUAUGGAUUGAUAUUGAAGAAGAAGCAAGAGUUGCUUGGAUUUUAGAAAAUUAUACUGAAGCUACUCAAAAUAUUCCUCAAGUAAUACACAUUUUGAAAAGGCUUCAGAAAUAUCAUUCCGAGAAACAAGUUAACCAGUGGAUUGAAAUGGUUAAUCGUGGAGAUUUUACUAGUGUUGUAAUAGGAUUACUUAGACAGCAUUAUGAUCCAUUGUAUAAGAAAAGUCUUCGUCAAGUAAUCCAUAAUGCAAAAAUGUCUGGUUUAUUUCAUCGUAUCCACCUUGAUAGUGUAGAUAAAGUGACUAUACGUAAAAAUAUAUUACCGCAGAUAUUGGAUUUAGCGUAUUCAACAAGUUAUCCAGGUUCUCAACAUUCUCCGUUAAAUCAAUAUCGUUAUCAUGCUGGCAUUUAA